CUUUGGACGCGCAAGGUGUCGAUAAUAAUCAAGGCCAGGGGAGAGCGAGCCGCAGAAAGUAAAGAACAACGACACUCCUCUUUACCUUCUUCUAUUCCACGCCGCCACUUAACUAUACUCGAGCGCACCCUUUUUGAACGAUACGGACUUUCCACGACGAGAGUUGUGAGGAGAGAUUGCGAGGAUGGAUUCGAUUGAGCCUGAACAAACCCCUUUUGCGGCCGUUUCCGCGCAUACGUCGAGGAUUACACGGGUGAGUUUGCAUAUUAGUGCGGAUGGAGUUAGAUGGCAGAUGCACGGAUUAGAUGGAGUUGGAUAGUUUUACAGACGGGAGGCUGAUAAAGUGGACGUGAUAGCAAUACCAAGCAUGGCUCGAUAAAUCAACACCCUACGUUACCUACCGAUGGAUCGGAACUUUCACACUCCUCUGCCUCUUCUUCGUUCGCAUAUUCGUUGCUCAAGGAUGGUAUAUUGGUAUGCCUCUCCUUUUCUUCUAUCUUCCGAACUCGCAAAUUAACUCGUCGCAGUCGCAUAUUCCCUAGGAAUCUACCUCCUCAACCUCUUCCUUGCCUUCUUACAGCCUAAAUUCGACCCCUCCAACGAAGCUCUGGAUGCUGACAUGGAGGACGGCUCCGUUGGUGGGCUUCCUAUGAAACAAGACGAGGAGUUCCGUCCGUUCAUUCGAAGACUGCCAGAGUUCAAGUUCUGGGAGAGUGCAACGAGGGCGAUUACCAUUGGAUUUGCUUGCACUUGGUUUGUGAUCUUUGAUGUGCCUGUUUUCUGGCCGGUGUUGGUGGUUUAUUGGUUGAUUCUUUUUACUUUGACGAGUAAGUUGUCUUUUAUUACUCUCAUGGAAGGUUUAUGGCGAAGCGCAUUUCGAGAUCAGGGGAGAGUUUCCAGAGCAUUUGAAAGCACAGUGCUAAUGAAGUUUCGAUGGUAGUGCGAAGACAGAUUCAGCAUAUGAUUAAAUACCGCUACGUACCUUUCACCUUUGGCAAGGCGAAAUAUACCAAGGACAGCUCAUAAGCUAUUCCAUCCCCGACCGGGACGAUGAACAUCCAGUGAGCGUGAUGGGACCACGGGACAUAAUGAUGCCGAUGAUUCGAUUGUGGGGAUGGGAUGGACGGACGGACGGACGGACGGACGGAUCACGCAACCUUGUACAAAUACCAAAAUGGGAACCCUUUUCUCUUUCCGUGUAGCAUCAGAAUAUAUCAUAUUCACGAAUAAAGAGAGAAAGAGAGAGAUGGGAAGCAAAAGGAGAGGCGUGUACAGGUACAUUUGGAGACAUGUCUGCUCUUCUGG